AAUAUUGAAAUUAUAUAAAAUUGGAAAGUCUGCUUCCCUGAUAAAAUGGCGGCCGCUGCCGCACGUUUACACCUCCUGUAUCCCUCUCCGAUCAACAAGUCGCCGAUACUCAUAUCUGGACUGCGUCGCUCCUUGAGGCUUUUCUCCCCCGUCAACGCCAAAAUCCGCUCCGCACAUCUCCACACAUUCUCCUGCACUACACCACAGUGCUCCUCCUCAUCUGACGCAGUUCCGGAAGCUUUGGUGACUUCUGAAUCGAGUUCAUCCAUAGUUGGUGACCUUCUGGAUUACCUCAAUGAGUCAUGGACUCAAUUUCAUGCUACUGCGGAAGCAAAGAGACAACUAAUUGCUGCUGGGUUCCAUUUGUUAAAUGAGAAUGAGGAGUGGGACCUCAAGCCCGGUGAACGCUACUUCUUUACUCGGAAUAUGUCCUCUCUGGUUGCCUUUGCCAUUGGGAAAAAGUAUUCAGUUGGAGAUGGAUUUCAUAUAAUUGCAGCUCAUACAGAUAGCCCAUGUAUGAAGCUGAAGCCAGUUUCAGCAUCAUACAAAUCUGGCUACCUUAUGGUCAAUGUGCAAACGUAUGGUGGCGGUUUAUGGCAUACUUGGUUUGAUAGAGAUCUUACUGUAGCUGGGAGGGUCAUUUUAAGAGCAGAUGAUGGUUCCUUCUUGCAUAGGCUUGUCAAAGUGAAGCGACCUCUCUUGCGAAUUUUUUUCUGGGUUCCUCCCUUUCUCUUCGCUGAUUUUCUCCUAUAUGGGUAUUUAGCAAUGUGAAUCACGAUGGAUUUAAGCCGAAUCUUGAGACUCACCUGGUGCCACUGUUAGCAACAAACCCUGAUAAUGUUUCUGAUAAGACUUCAGGAAAAACUAAUGCAUCAUCCUCUAAAGAUGUGCACCAUCAACUUCUUCUGCAGAUCUUGUCUGACGAAUUGGGCUGUAAGGUUGGUGAUAUAGCCAGUAUUGAGUUAAAUAUUUGUGAUACCCAACCCAGCUGCCUUGGAGGUGCAAAUAACGAAUUCAUAUUCUCUGGAAGACUAGAUAAUCUUGCGUCAAGUUUUUGCUCAUUGAGGGCUCUUGUAGAUUCAUGCUCUUCUCUUGAAGAUUUGGUGAAUGAGCACAAAAUCCGAAUGAUAGCACUUUUUGAUAAUGAAGAGGUUGGAUCAGAUUCAUAUCAAGGAGCUGGAGCACCAACUAUGUUUGAGGCCAUGAGACGAAUAACUGAUUGCUUAGGUCAUCAUUCUGUUGGAGAAUCUACUUUUGCUCGUUCAAUCCGCGAUUCCUUUCUUGUGUCUGCUGACAUGGCUCACGGAGUUCAUCCAAAUUUUACUGAAAAGCAUGAAGAGCACCACCAUCCAGAGUUACAGAAAGGUCUUGUUAUAAAGCACAAUGCAAAUCAGCGAUAUGCGACGAGUGGAGUCACAUCUCUCCUUUUCAAAGAAGUUGCGAGAAUCCACAACCUUCCUACUCAGGAUUUUGUGGUGAGGAAUGAUAUGGGGUGUGGAUCAACUAUAGGUCCCAUACUUGCUUCUCGGGUUGGUAUUCGCACUGUUGAUUGCGGCAUUGCUCAGCUAUCCAUGCAUAGUGUACGAGAGAUGUGUGGAAAGGAAGAUAUUGAUAUUGCAUACAAACACUUCAAGGCAUUCUAUCAGACAUUCUCAAGCAUUGACAGAAAGCUGCAUGUGGAUGCUAUGGACCAUUCGUGAACGAGAAGGAUCACUGCCGCUUGCAUUAAUGGAGGGGCUCAACUGCCUCAACACAUGUUGCCUUAUCUUUGUUUCCCUAAUGGCUUUGGUAUUAGUCUUUAAAGUCCUUAAUCCAGACUUUGAUUUGGUCUUGUAAUAGCUAUAUAAGAGUCAUAACUUUGCAAUAAAAAACGUCUUUGGAGAAUAAAAAUGGUAAACAUCAACAACAUAGCCAAAUAUCUUCUCUAUACCUAAGGUGAGAAGGUUUGAUUAGUUCCCCAAAACUACCAUUGCUUUUGUUCUUCAUCUUGUGAUGUCUCUAAAAGACCCUUGAAUGAUAUCUUUCUUGUACCUUGAUGCUUAGCUAUUUCACAUGGUA